AUGACAUCCCGACGCAGCGGCGACGAAGCGCAACGGCGCAUUGCCCUGGUGGUCGCAUACGAAGGCGCCAACUACGCCGGCUUUCAACUUCAAGCCGACAUUCCGACGAUCCAGGGAGAGUUGGAAAAAGCUUUCAAUCGUCUUACCGGGGAACACGCAAGGGUACGAGGAGCCAGUCGCACCGACUCCGGCGCCCAUGCCAUUGGUCAGGUGGUUGACCUUGUUACCGACACCACGCACGGAACCGACGUGGUAGUUGCGGCAAUGAACCACCACCUGCCGGAUGAUAUUCGCAUAGUAACUGCCAGCGACGUGCCCGCGGAAUUCCACGCCAGGCGCAGCGCCACGAGACGGGACUACCGGUACAGCAUCGCCAACCGAUCCGUACCUUUCCCUUUCCUGCGGCGCAGCCACCACGCAGAGCCGAAACCGUUGAACCUCGACGCGAUGCAGAUGGCGACCCACAGCCUGCUGGGCAUUCGGGAUUUCCGGCAGAUCGCCACGGCGCACCCCGCCGACCAGAGCGCGGUACGCCAGGUGUUCCGGUGGGACGUGAAACGCCAGAGCGACGACCAGGAUGUCAUUGUGAUAGAUUGUGCGGCCAAUGGGUUCCUGCGGCAUCAAAUCAGGAGAGCCAACGCGAUAUUGGUGGAGAUAGGAAAAGGACGAUUGCCCAUUCACGCCACGGCCGAUGCCCUGGCGGGCCGAACUCAAAAACUGCACGGCGUCUCCACCCUCCCCGCAAAGGGACUGUGUCUGCGCACUUAUUUCGCCAAAGCCGGUGACGUGCCGGAUAGCUGGCGCGUCAUAGAUGCGACCGGCAUCAGCCUGGGCCGGCUGGCCCGGCAGGUGGCCGUGGCUCUCCAGGGCAAGGACCAGCCCAUGUACACCCCACACGUCAUCACCGGGUGUCACGUGGUGGUUAUCAAUGCCGACAAGGUCCGCAUCACCGGCCGCAAGUUGACGCAAAAGAUGUACUACCGCCACAGCGGCUACGUGGGCAACCUCAAGUCGUUCCUCAUGCGGGACAUGAUGGAGGAGCGCCCGGACCGGGUGGUGCAGCUUGCAGUCAAGGGCAUGCUGCCAUCCAACAAGCAGGGCCGGCACAUGCUCCGCCGUCUGCGCAUCUACGCCGGCGACCAGCAUCCCCACGAAGCGCAGGUGGGCAGCGCCCAAUAG